AUGGAUUCUUUCUUCAAAGCCAACCGGGUGUACGCCGUCGCAGGAGCCUCUAGCAACCCAUCGAAAUUCGGAUACAAGGUGUUAAAGUGGUACAAGGACCGCAACAUUCCCGCCGUGCCCAUCAAUUUCCGCAAAGAAGUCAUUCUUGAGAUCCCAUCAGUCGAGGACGUUACGCAAGUCCCGGUCAAGCCCGGCCAGGAUGUGGCGAUCAGCGUAGUUUCUCCGCCCGCAGUCACCCAGAAGAUGCUGGAGAGCUUGGACAAGGCCCAAGGAAACGUCGAGGCCGUGUGGCUCCAGCCGGGCACUUACGACCAGGCCGUUUUGGCACUGGCCCAGGAGAAGGUUCCCAAUGUCAUUACCGACUGUAUUCUCGUCAAGGGCGACAACUACCUGCCCAGUAAACUAUAA